AUGACGUCGCAAAUCCAGGCCGAGAUAUCGACAAAGAGAUGGUCGAUUCCGGAGAAAGUGACCGAGGAAGGACAGAAGCCCGGACCGGAAGACCAUCCAUCCACAAAGCAAGGAAGAGAACAAGAGGGUCGUGUCAUUGGCAUCACUCCAAACUACAAAAUCGGAGAGGGACAACCAAAGUCCGAGUUGAAUUUGGGAAAGACUGGAUACCUUCCGAAUGGUCAUGGAGAUUAUAAGAUGACAUCUCUCCAGGAGACCUAUAAACAGACACUGAUUGAUCCAAAGGUCAUCUCAAAUGCCAAUAUGCCUUAUCUCUCCACACGUAUUCCGGAUGCCCGGCGUAACGUAGCUGGUGAUUUCCCAAGUGAGCACAGCAAACGGAGCCAAAUCAAACUUGAGCCGCUGGAGCAACGUAGAUUUAGAAGCACUGAAUCUCGUCCGAUCUCUACUAGCAACUAUCUCACCGAGAGUGUUGAACGUCAUCGGGAUAUGGAAGCUUCCCGUUUGAAGGAGUACUUGAAAGCCAAAGAAAGUGAUGCUAACCAGCCAUGGAACAAGCCAGGAUGGCCGGGACCAAAAAAAAACGAUGAGAAUAACAGAGAGUUGGAAACUCUCAAACAGGUUUGUAGAUACAAAAAGGAAGACAAGAACUUCACACCGAACGCCGAACUAGACGAAAUAUCGAAGAGAGCCGAGGAAUUACGAAAACGAGACGGGCGGUCAAAAUACAAACUAGUCGAAUCUGACAUCUACAAGACAGAUCCAGAUCCAAUGCCAUCCAAUUUGAAGGAUCAAGUUCGUGAAUUGUUGGAAUCGCGAAAUUCUGUGGAGACGACGACGACUCAGAGAGAUCAGGACAAGUCUGGUUAUGUGACGGAUGUCUCCACUGCCACGUGGAACUUCUCGACGCUGGAUUACUCGCCUCGAUCGGUGGUCAGUAUGAAUGGAGCCAGAUAUGACAUUCUCAAGACGGUCCCACCACUACGCACCAAGACUCCGCCCCCACCACCACCUCCGGUUCGUCGUCACGAGAUUUACGAGCAGCACGAGCGGUACACUUCGGCUCCAAAUCUUCAGUCGGCCGUCAUUCGGAUUCAGGAUGACAAGCCGCGUAGCAUUAUGAAGAGACGUGAGCUGGAGAGCCGUGAGCAGUUGCUCUUCCCAACUGUUGACACCCAAGUGGUCAAGUCUGUCGUUAGAAAGCCAACUGUCACGGAGACUGUUCAACGUUUCGAGGAGACUCGUCGUACUGAAGAGGUCGAGCGUCGCGUUCAACGUCGCGAGAAGAAGGAGCGUCGUAGUCGUCAUCACUCCUCCUCCCGUCAUCAAUCCGGAUGGGAGGGACACACUGGUGGAUAUCAAGGUCACCGUAGCAGCUCGCUAAGCCGUGGUGGAUAUUUGCCAGGUGGUCAAGAGACCUACUAUCGUCAAGAGACCACUCGUCGUCAGCAACAUAACAAUUACGACGACAACUUCAACCGCGGAAUAGCGCAUGCGCGUUACGGUUCGUUGUCGGAUUCGUUGCGUCGUGGCGAACUUCAGUACGUGCCAAAUGGAGAGGUCCGUCAAUCGUUCUAUCGUGAUGGUGGUGCCAGCGGUGGACAGCGAAUGCACAAGAGCUACUCCACUCGUGACGUCUUCACCGGAGACGCACACGACGAUCGUCGCUCCGUCUCAUCGUUCCAUCGUCGUGGAUCCCAGCAACAGGUCUCCCCAUUCGUCGAGUUUCCACCAACUCUUCCACGUCGUGGAGCCGGAGGAGACUACCGUCGUGAAGAGGACGCCUACUUCCGUCCAGUGAGCAAGUCUCGCAGUUAUGCUGAUUGGGAUGAUGCCGGGAGAGCCGGAAUGGGACGUGAGGUCCGUCGCUAUGACGAUGACAUGAGCAGACUGGAGGCCGAGUUCCGUGAUUCGCUUUUGAUGCCAAUGCCAAAUGGAAAUAUGAACGAGCGUGACCAUCGUACCGAACAACUGCCAGGAGGUUAUGAGACCUUCAACAAGGACAGACAUGCAAACAGCGGAAGACGUACCGGACGUGAUGGAAAGCCAGUCGACUUUUCUGAGGCUUCUCAAGAAUACAACUACAAAAGGGAGCAAACCCUCAACGAUGAUAGACGUCGCCGUUAA